UUCUAUAGAAAAUGAGACUUAAACCAGCCGAGAUAAUUCUUGGGAAAAGAGUGUGGUUUUUCGCUUCUGACAAGCAGAAUUCCGUCAGUUUAAAAUGCAAAGUAAUACGGCGGUGUCGCCCAGAGUGUUCAUCGCGAUCCAGAAUGUUAAUAUCAGAGAAUUGUCUCUGUGCACACAAAAAGAGAUCCGUCCGAUAUUGCCUUGCUUGGUUAGGAUGAGCUUAAUUUCUCCUCUGGACAUAACAAAGGAUUGCGUGGAAGGCCGGAAAGAAAUUCUAACCAUAUUGUCAGGAAUUGAGUCCGUUAAUUCGAUCGUCGCGUUACUUUCUAUCGACUUCCACGCCUUAGAAACCGACGUCCGGAAGGAGCAGCAAUUAAGGCAGAAGUUAGGUAAUACACAAAGCGACAGCAUACUCGCACAGUCUUUGCAAAGCGGCCUGGCUCUGGAAUUCGAACGGAGUGAAUCGACUCGUCGCAUACGUUUGGUCUUGAGCGAAAUUCUUUUUAUCUCGUCUCAGAUUCAUGAGCUUCAAAAGAAUCAGGAGUUUCAGAUUAAGCAAUCCGAUCUCUUCGACAAUGCGGUAUACAUGGAAGAGAUCAGUUACGUGAUCUGCAUCGCGCUGGCAGAAUUACCAGCACUGUUGUCCAUAUUAGACAUUGCAGAAACUUUGCUGCACGUGAAACAUGGUCCAGAAAUUAUUUGUUGGAUCGUUGCCAAUAGUCCCGACAGUUUCGCUGAGGUUUGUACUCACCUCAUAUCGAAUGGCGAGAAGCAAGAAGAAUCGGCAUUAGGGAGGAUAAGAACCCAGGCAUUAACGUUGUUAUGUCAAAUGAAUCCUAGCCAAGCAUUGACAAUAAGAGCAAAGUGUGUGGAGCUUUGUCGAAUGCCUGCACUGGCUAUAACGUUAAGUCUGGAGAACGAAAGCGUGAACAGUUGUCGGCCGGAGAGUGACAUGGUGGCAUUCGUGUCCGGACUGUUACUAGGUAGCGAUCAGCAAGUGAGAACGUGGAUUGCCAUGUUCAUCAGAAAUGGGCAGAAGCGAAAGUGGGAGUCUCAUACAGCUCUACAAUCACUGAGAGAGGAACUUCUGAGAAGAUUGCAAGGAAUCGUGUCGUGCAGUCCUGACAGCCAGUUGGGCGAAUCCCACGUAGUUCAAGCCAGCGCUCUGCUGCGACUUUAUUGUGCUCUUCGAGGAAUAGGCGGCAUAAAAUUUCAGGAUGACGAAGUAUCGAUGAUAGUGCAACUAUUGACGUCUCAUCCACCUCCUUCUCCGGCUGGGGUACGAUUCGUUUCUUUGGGUCUCUGCAUGCUCAUCGCUUGCCCCUCUCUCAUUGGCCACCAUAAUUUAGAAAAACGAAGUAUAGAGUGGGUACAAUGGCUCGUCAGAGAAGAGGCUUACUUCGAAAGUGCCAGUGGUGUCUCCGCAAGCUUUGGAGAAAUGUUACUACUUAUGGCCAUUCAUUUCCACAGCAAUCAACUGUCUGCCAUCUGCGAACUCGUCUGUGCCACUCUGGGCAUGAAAAUUCCAAUAAGGCCAAAUAAUUUGACGCGCAUGAAGCAGAUCUUCAUGCAGGAGAUAUUCACAGAGCAAGUCGUCACCUCACACGCCGUCAAGGUUCCAGUGACAGCGAACUUGAAUGCCAAUAUACCUGGAUUUUUACCCGUGCAUUGUAUACAUCAAUUACUCAAAUCGAGAGCCUUUGCUAAGCACAGAGUACCGAUAAAAAAUUGGAUCUACAGACAGAUUUGUGAUAGCGUGCCACCGUUGCAUCCAGUCCUUCCAGCACUUGUGGAAGUCUAUGUUAAUUCCAUCUUGGUAUCUAGCAGCAAGACUUCGGACCACACAAAUAAGCCGAUAACAGAGGACGAAAUUCGAAGGGUGUUUCAAAACAGCGUCUUCGGGGCUAAUUUUGACAGGAAGAAGAGUGUAAUGAGUAUAGCAGAUGUCGAGUCAGACUGUGUCGAUGUUGACACUUCGGAGCCAUCCUUGACAUCCCAGUUAUUACUCCUGUACUAUCUUUUACUAUAUGAGGAUGUUAGAUUAUCCAACAUGUACAAUUACAUGUCGCAAGGCAGGAAAGUGAAGUCUUACUCCACGGAGUUUCUUUCCGAGCUGCCGAUUAAGUAUCUGUUACAACAAGUGCAGAGGGACCAAAUGAGCUAUGCAGGAUUAUUUUCUCCUCUCUUGAGGCUCUUAGCCACUCAUUUUCCUCACCUUUCAUUGGUCGACGACUGGCUUGACGACGAAAUGAUUAACAUCGAUGCCAUGACUGCUAAUUACGAAACGGUUGUUGUCAACGAUAUGUCCAUUAUUGAAGCGUUUGGUCAUGUCAAGACUUGCCCCUCCAGGACCGGUCGAAUGCUUAGACAAUUGAUGUCGAUGAAGACUACCGACAUCUGGCCACAUGCCGAAACAAUUAUUCACUUCUUCAAAGCCAUUCUUGAUGACAAAGUACCUCGAUACAUACAAGAACUUUACAAGCAAGUUUGGUUGCGAUUGAAUACCGUCUUGCCACGGUGUUUAUGGGUUAUGUCGAUAAAUGCCCUGUUAAUCGAAAAUUCAACAGUGAAGAACGUAUUCCUUACACAAGAGAACAUUGUUCUGGACCCGCUGCAGGUAUUGCGUUGUGACAUGAGGGUGUUUAGGUGUGCUCCAGUAUUAUCCGUCAUCUUGAGGAUUUUACAAGCCACGUUGGCAGCUUCUCGGUCCCAGUUGUCAAGGCACAUGCAGGACAGACCUUUGACAGAGAAGAUCGGUCAACUGACAAGCGAAGCCGAGAGAGAGGAUCUUCGCACAGCCCUCGUUGCUGGUCAAGAAAGUGCAGCGGUACAGAUUUUGCUCGAGACGUGUCUCGAAACACAAGAGGAUCGAGAGACUCCGGGGCAGAUGUGGUCCCUCAGGGAGAUCCGCAGUGUCGUUUGUUCAUAUUUACACCAGGUUUUCAUCGCAGAUCCCUCCCUGGCGAAAUUGGUGCACUUUCAGGGAUACCCAAGAGAAUUGCUCCCCAUAACUGUGUCUGGGAUUCCCUCGAUGCAUAUCUGCUUGGACUGGAUCCCAGAAUUGUUAUCUCAACCUGAACCUGAGAAGCAAGUCUUCGCUGUUGACUUGGCCUCUCAUCUUGCCGUUCAAUAUGCUCUUCCGAAAGCUUUGAGCGUUUCUCGCCUCGCUAUUAAUACCUUGGUCACUCUAUUGGGCGUGUUACCUGCGAAAGAUCGAGUAAUCCUGUUUAUGCCGGUACUUAGUGCUCUCACCAGGAUUUGUUUGGCAUUUCCACCUUUGGCCGAAGAUACCACAGGAUUGUUGAUGCAGCUCGGAAGAGUCAGUUCUGCUCAGGCAGCUUUAGGUGACAAAUCUGCAGAGAUUCUUCGUCAAGAAGUUAACGCGACGUUUUGCACUCUCCUGCAAAAGGCCAUCCUUCAGUCCAGGGUUUACUGAACUAAGAUUCCUAACCUAAAAAGUUGAACAUCGGAACGUACUUCAAUUUCAGUUUGUCAAGAUUACGAGCCAGAUUAAUUAACUCCCUGUACUAUAAAUCUUGUACAUACUUUAUUGUAAUGCAACGUAAAGUGCUUUUUUUCAGAAACAUCGACUCUAUUUGAGUCUAAAGAGUCGAGUCCACAUUUAACCUAUAUGUGAUCGUUUGUACAUAAGAAUUAUUUAUACCUCUUGUUUAUAAAGCCCGAAAUGAAUGAUUAAUAAGAAAACUGAGAUUUAUAGAGAA